AUGUUUUGCCAGCAAAAUUUUACACAUCAAACACCUCAUUUAGUAGAAUUUUACACAUCGAACGCCUCAUUUGGCUGCAGAUUGGGAAUCGUCAUUGUGCCAUUACUGCACAAAAAAAAAAUCCGUAGAAAAGGAAAAGCCCACUCCAAUCCAGCGCGUUGCAAUUCCUCUUGUUCUCGAAGGACUCCCGUUUUCCCCUUAGGCCUUCUGCAAAGUCCUCCAUUUGAAGAACCUUUGGAAUUUGAAAAACCAUUCUGCAAAAAGCCCUCCAGCCUGCGUUUCCGCUGCCUGCGAUUCAACCUUGUUCGAUUCAGCCGGGUCCGCUCCUGCCGCCAGUCCGCCGCGCGGCCACCGCCAGACCAGUCCGUACAAAGCCAGAGAAAAAUGGAGGAAUCUGAGAAAAGAAGGGAAAGGCUGAAAGCAAUGCGAAUGGAAGCGAAUCGAGGAGGGAACGAUGGCAUUCCUGAGAGUUCGGGAAUGGUCAGUCAUGACCUUUCCAAUCCUUUGAUUGAAGGCGAAACGGAAAGCCCAGCUAAUUAUGCUUCUUCGAGAUUCGAUUAUUACACGAAUCCUAUGGCAGCAUUCUCUUCAAACAAGAAGGGUAGCCAGGUCUCUCAUCAGGUUCCACAACAAUAUUACAAUACCCCUCCAAGACCAGGGCAUCCAGAUAUGUCUCACUCUCCAGCUUAUCAAGAUCAAUCUAUAAACUCUCCUGGUCAGAAAAUAUUCCAAGCACCCGCAGCUUAUUACAACUAUGGUCCUGUUGGGAGCAUAUCAUCCAGUCCUUCAGGUAGAAAUCCUCAGAGCACAUGGGGUGCACCAAUUGGUGAUUUUAAUUAUAGCAAUUCAUCUAAUUUACCAAGAGGCAGUAACUUUACGAGACCUGGCUUUGGACAAGGAGGUACUCCUAAGUUUGGUUAUGGUCGGGGCAGAGGUCAAAGAUACAACAGCAGUCCCUUGUAUGGUUCAGGAUGUGGAGUGAGUCCAUAUCCUGAUUCAGGAAGAAGCAGGGGUAGAUCAGCAGGUAAUAACAGCAUGAGUCCUGGUUCAGGACAGAGAGGAAGGAGAGGAGUGAGUUCGCAUAGUCCUGUCUCAGCAGAGCUAAGACCUGAUAUGUAUUACAACCAUGAAAUGGUUGAAGACCCUUGGAAGGAGUUGAACCCUGUUAUCUGGAAGGGUCAAUAUGUUAAUCCAAAUUCUGAGAUAUCACCCCUUCCGAAAUCUGUUAGCAUUAAAAAACCUAGAGUUUCAUCAGAAGUUUCGAAUAAAUCAACUUCUGAGCCAAGCCUUGCUGAAUACCUGGCUGCCUCGUUCAGUGAAGCAGUCAACAAUGAGGCUAGAGAUGAUUAG